AUGGACAGCAGAACUGAGCACGCAGAAACUCACAGGAAUAAGUGUGCAGCAUGCUUUAGACAGUUCAACAAAAUGGAGCACCUUGUGGAGCACAUGAGGAUCUCAUGUCAUUCUGAUCAUGAACCAUCAUGUGGCAUUUGUGGGAAACACUGCAGGUCCUUUGAGUCUCUAAGGGAACAUCUUCUUGGUCCACUACCAAAACAGGAAUGCAGAGAUAUUUUUGCCAACCGAGGAUGCAAGUUUUGCUUUAAAGUCCUUGAUAACCAAAACUCAAGCACGUUCCACCAAGAAAGAUGCAGAGUCUCUGGAAUAAAUGCUGAACUAAAUGCGCGCUUUUCAAACUUGACCAUUAUUGAUAAUUUGAUUAUUGGUGGAAGGGGGCAACAAGUAGUUGCACUUGCUUGUAAAAUGGUUGGUGGUGGCAGUGAUGGCUCAAUGGAUCUUUGUGCAAGAGUAUGCAUAAUUGAUGAGCAUGAAAACAUCAUUUUCCAUUCUUAUGUGAACCCACCAAUUCCAGUCACAAACUAUAGGUUUGAGAUGACAGGUAUUAGACCAGAAUACUUGAGGGAUGCAAUGCCAACAAGGCAAGUGCAGAGGAGGAUUCAAGAUUUCCUAUGCAAUGGAGAACCUGUGUGGACAAUUCGACCAAGAGGUGGAAAUGCCAGGAUUCUUGUGGGUCAUGGUUUAGAUCAUGACUUGGAAUGCUUGCAGAUAGAAUAUAGAGCAGAAAAAAUUAGGGACACUGCAAAAUACCCUCCAUUGAUGAAGACAAGCAAGUUGAGCAACGCACUCAAGUACUUAACACAAGCGUAUCUUGGGUAUGACAUUCAAAUUGGGAUACAGGAUCCUUAUGAUGAUUGUGUAGCAACAAUGAGGCUCUACAACAGAAUGAGAUCUCAAGAACACAAAAUAGAGUAUUACCCUUUGAAAUCUGACCCACAAAACAGGAAUAGUUUUGCUUCAUGGAGGCAAAGUGAGCUUGAGAAAAUGACCCCCACACAAAUGCUGGAAAUCUCAAAAUCCGAUUACAAUUGCUGGUGCUUGGAUUCCUUAUGUAGUACUUGA